UCACUGCCCUUCCAGCAGCAUCUCACCUUCAACCGGCCUCACGCGCAGCCACCACCGCACCGCGGAGGAAAACAAGAAACACGACAGAGACGGACAGUGGACAAGAAACCACCAAGAUAAAGCCACUCGGUCAUGAUAAUUAUGUAGGGGGUCGUUUUGCGGUUUGACAUCUAAUUUCGCUGCCCGCCUCUGCGACACCGAGCCAUCGUCCAGCUGCGCACCAAGAAAACGCAUCCUCUGUCAGCUCGUCCGGAUAAAACCAGCCAACACCUCACAGUCCUCUCGACGCAGCAGGACGAAGUGACUGCGCUUCUCUCCUCGGUUAUUUUGACGGUCAGAAAGGCCCGAGCAGCGACGGGUCGCCCGCAGCCUCAGCAGCCUCUCCUCCGCUCAGCAGCAGCAUCCUCCUCCUCCCUGAAUCUACGCAAUGGCCGAUAUCCCGGCGGAGUGCAACAUAAAAGUGCUGUGUCGCUUUCGUCCUCUCAACCAGUCUGAGAUUGUACGAGGGGACCAGUUUAUCCCCAAAUUCUUAGCAGACGACAGUGUCACCGUCGGGGGGAAGUCCUAUGUGUUUGACCGAGUGUUUCCAACCAACACCACCCAGGAGCAGGUCUACAACACCUGCGCCAAGCAGAUUGUCAAGGAUGUUCUGGGUGGAUACAAUGGAACUAUUUUCGCAUAUGGACAGACCGCCUCCGGGAAGACCCACACCAUGGAGGGCAAGCUGCACGACCCUCACCAGAUGGGUAUCAUUCCUCGCAUCGCCGAUGACAUUUUCAACCACAUCUUCGCCAUGGAUGAAAACCUGGAAUUCCACAUCAAGGUUUCAUACUUUGAGAUCUACAUGGACAAAAUCCGUGACCUUCUGGAUGUGACGAAGACCAACCUGUCUGUCCAUGAGGAUAAGAACAGGGUGCCAUUUGUCAAGGGAUGCACUGAGCGUUUUGUCUCCAGCCCUGAUGAGGUGAUGGAUGUGAUCGACCAAGGCAAAGCUGCCCGCCAUGUUGCUGUGACCAACAUGAACGAGCACAGCUCUCGCAGCCACAGCAUCUUCCUGAUCAACAUCAAGCAGGAGCAUGUGGAGACUGAGCAGAAACUGUGUGGAAAACUCUACCUGGUGGAUCUGGCUGGAAGUGAGAAGGUCAGUAAGACCGGCGCUGCAGGAGCCGUCCUGGACGAGGCUAAAAACAUCAACAAGUCUCUCUCUGCUCUGGGAAAUGUCAUCUCUGCUUUGGCUGAGGGCACGAAAACUCACGUGCCGUACCGUGACAGCAAGAUGACCCGCAUCCUGCAGGACUCCCUGGGUGGGAACUGUCGCACCACCAUGUUCAUCUGCUGCUCCCCCUCCAGCUACAACGACGCCGAGACCAAGUCCACUCUGAUGUUUGGACAACGUGCCAAGACCAUCAGGAACACCGCCUCCAUCAACCUGGAGCUGACGGCGGAGCAGUGGAAGAAGAAGUUCGAGAAGGAGAAGGAGAAGAACAAGACUCUGAAGGAAACCGUCCUGAGGCUGGAGACUGAGCUCAACCGCUGGAGAAACGGAGAGGAAGUACCUGAGACGGAGCAGACCACGGCAGACGUGGUGACCCGUUUCGAGACCAUCGAGGAGCGUCCCGUUUUAGACAACGACACCUCCUCCAUUGUGGUCCGUAUUUCUGAGGAGGAGCGGCAGAAAUACGAGGAGGAGAUCCGCAAGCUCUACAAGCAGCUGGAUGACAAGGAUGAUGACAUCAACCUGCAGUGCCAGUUUGUGGAGAAACUGAAGCAGCAGAUGAUGGACCAGGAUGAGCUCCUGGCAUCCUCUAAAGGCGACGGGGACAAGGUCCAGGCUGAACUCGGCAGGCUGCAGGUGGAGAGCGACUGCGCCAAGGCGGAGGUGAAGGAGGUACUGCAGGCUCUGGAGGAGCUGGCCAUCAACUACGACCACAAGAGCCAGGAGGUGGAGGAGAAAGGCCGGCAGAACCAGCAGCUGGCCGACCAACUGUCCCAGAAAAUGGCCAGUCUGAUGGAGCUGGAGGCAGAGCUGUCUCGUAUGCAGGAGGUGAGCGGGCAGCAGAGGAAGCGCAUCGCUGACGUCCUCAAUGGUCUGAUGAGGGACCUCAGCGAGUUCAGCAACAUCGUGGGCAACGGGGAGAUCAAGCUGCCGGUGGAGAUUAGCGGUGCGAUCGAGGAGGAGUUCACGGUGGCUCGCCUCUACAUCAGCAAGAUCAAGUCGGAGGUGAAGAGCAUGGUGAAGCGCUGCCGCCAGCUGGAGAACAUGCAGCUGGAGUGCCACCGCAAGAUGGAGGAGACCGGGAGGGAGCUCUCCUCCUGCCAGCUCCUCAUCUCUCAGCAUGAGGCUAAGAUCCGCUCUCUGACGGAGUACAUGCAGAGCGUGGAGCAGAAGAAGAGGCUGCUGGAGGAGAGCCACGACUCCCUGAGCGAGGAGCUGGCCAAGCUGCAAGACCAGGAUAACUCCAUGCUUGAGGAAAAGGAAGCAGAGAAGGGUGAGAUUGAGGAUGGAAAUGUGAAGAAGGUUCCUCGUCAGCAGAGCGAGUCUCACCGCGGCCUCCACCACAAGCAGCUGGCCCGCCUGCGGGAUGAGAUCAACGAGAAGCAGAGGAUCAUCGACGAGCUUACCGACCGCAACUCCAAGCUGGAGCUGGAGCUGGCUCAGGUGCGCGCUGACUUUGAACGCCUCAAGUGUCAGGACAACACCAAGAGCGAGCGCCUGGAGGAGCUCUCAUUCCUGCAUGAGCGUCAUGAGCAGACCAAACAGGACUUAAAAGGUCUGGAGGAGACCGUCGCCCGCGAGCUCCAGACCCUCCACAACCUCCGAAAGCUGUUUGUUCAAGACCUCACGUCGAGGGUUAAAAGAAGUUCCGAAAUGGAGCCUGAUGAUAGUGGGGGGUCUUGCACCCAGAAGCAGAAGAUUUCCUUUCUUGAAAAUAACCUGGACCAACUUACAAAGGUUCACAAACAGCUGGUACGUGACAAUGCAGAUCUGCGCUGUGAGCUUCCAAAGCUGGAGAAACGGCUUCGGUCUACUGCUGAGAGAGUUAAGGCCCUGGAGACUGCACUGAGGGACGCCAAGGAGGGCGCCAUGAUGGACCGCCGCCGCUACCAGCAGGAGGUCGACCGCAUCAAGGACGCCAUGAGGGCCAAGAGCGCUCAGAGGCGCCCCCAUGCAGCACAGAUCGCCAAGCCAGUGAGGCCGAAGCAGCUGCCCGUCUGCUCUCCCACCAACCCCUUCUACACUUACAUCCGGGCCACUGAGCACGGCAACACCUACAGCAACGCUCUCUUCCAGGGCAACGUGACACAGCCGGGCACCGCCAGCGUCAACUGCAACCCCAACUCUGUCCAGAGCAACACAGUUUCCACAGCGCUGGGCUACAGAGCAGGCAAAUUCAAUGGAGACACACUGGAGUCCUUCCCACUCAACAUCGACAAUGUUGUUAUUCCAACAGGUAACACCAACAGUGAAACGAGAGACAUCAAUGACAACAGAAGUGAUGUUCACUGUGGCAGCGAGGUGGAUGAAUCAAACAGACACUUUAUCAUUCAGCAGGAGACCGCUGCAAGUUAAUACCAUGAUGUUGACCAAACACUGUACCUAUAAAGGACCCUCCCUUUACAUCUGCAUGCAGCCUGUCUCCCCGUCCCUCUACUGCAUAACUGAUGAAGAUGAUGAUGAAGACCUUUAACCCUGUAGUCUUCAAACUAGAUGAAGCCCCUCCCAUGGUGACCACGCUCACCCUCAGGUGUGCAGUUCAGUCCUCUCCAGUUCACUCAGUGCAGGAAGUAAAUCAAAUCAGAAUUUCUUUUUGAAUACAGAACAUUCAAUCAACUCAUCCGACUCGAUGCCAAUCAUUUUGUGAGGCGAUAUCAGCGAUGCUUGUUACCUCCUGAGGUGGUUGAACUGAAACAGGGCUGACUCCAUCCCUGAUGCACACAUGUUGUAAAUAAUAGUGCUGUAUACUCCAGUAGAGGUUUUUGACCAGCAACUGUUUGUGUGAAUGCACAGCCUCCACCUUCCCCUGCACACACCUCCUUAAGGGCAUCAUGCGGAUGACAUACUGUAGGCAGACGUGACCUUUUUCUCCGUCGUAAAUAAGAGUAUAGUGUGUACCGCCAGCUUGUAACAGAAGACCCACUCUCUGCAUGCAUGUCGCUUAGCGGGUUAGCUUUCAAAAUCUUUGCAUGUGUCCUGAUCCCAGUCAGGAGCCGGUAUGCUGCGAGUGUCUGAUCGACUUCGACAGAUGUCACAGAAAGAGAGGAAAAGAGAGUGCUGGUAUCCCUUAAUCCUGAUCAUGGUCUGUUUAGAUUUUUUCUAUUUUAACGUAUAACUUGGCUGUUGUGUUAAUGCGGCAGGAGAUCAACAAAAUACACAUCUAUGUCUAGUUUAAGUUUUAAAAAAGAGGGCAUCAGGUGCAACAUGCAUCAGGGAAGCCCAGUCCUGAUUUACAGUCUUACUUUUCUUUUGUGAUGUUGCAGCUGUUUGUCGCUGUUAUACAUUUCAGGUAACGCUGCCCACACCUUACCGUGGAUCCCUUCUCCACUCCAUGUGAGUCUUCAUACCGGGCUUUAACAACUUCUCAUAAUCACACUAACACGCUGCCAUGUGCAUAGAUCUGUAAUUACUACCUCUAGAGCUUCUCAUUAUAUGAUUAUUACACUAACAUCCUUUCAGAAGCUCUAUAACAGCUGAUCUUAAUUUCUGUAGAAAGUUUAGAACUUCAAUAGCUGUGAGUAGAUUUAAAAGCUCUCUUCAGGGCAUUAGUAAUAUUCUCCUGGAGUUUAUUCAUACACAGCUUCCUCUUCUAUCAUAUAACAAACAGGAGAAGAGCUGGACAAUUGCUCGCAAAAUGUUUGAGUGCAGGAGUUAUUCCGUAUCAGGGCAGGUCAUGUUGACACUCAAAGAUGUUCCUUAACUUUCUGGUGUUUGAUGCAUUUUCCUAUUUGGUACCUUUUAAAGGUGGGGUAUGCAAUUUAUUUCAGAAACACUUUUUGUUAUAUUCCAUGGAAUGCUCUUAACAUCCCGAUAGCAAUGAAUAUAUUAAAUGCUUUGACAAUAAAUACAUAACAACAUUUCAUCUGUGGAAGCCGUAGUACUGUAAAAAGCACGACCAAUCAUUUUAGCCGGCCCGGCUAAAAUAACUGGAUGGCCUACCUGCCUGUCAGCCUUCCAUCUGUGCACAAACUUAUCUCGUGCCCUCAUUGGUCAUGUGCGCGUUCGUGUGUGUUGGAGGAGGGGCUCUGUAAGGAAGUGGUAGAUUUUCUCCGGCUGUGUAUUUUCAAAUUCUAGCGAUCUCGAGCCGGUUUCUCCAAAAUUACCUACCCUACCUUUAAGGCUGAAAUGCUAUUGUAAACUAUUGACUGUGUUAUCUCAAUUUGUAGUAACAUCUAAAACCCCUUUAAUAUGACUAUAUGGAAAGUAUUCAGUGAUUCAGUGCUUUUUGAUCAGAGCAAUGGAAAGAUAGGGAGUUUCUGCAGACACGUCCCCAGCUGAGCAGCCACCAGUCUUGGAUGAAUGGCCGUUUGGACAGAAGCUUAUUGUUUGAGCCUGUUGUCAAGUCAUGCUGUUAUUCUUCUGUAAACAAUCCUGACCAGCCAAUCAGGAUAGAAGAAAGCAGUGUGGGUGACAAGGAUAGGUUUGUGUUUGGAUUGAGCUGAGUCACUGAAUUGAAGGACAGAUUAAACCAGAAGUGUGUAAAGAAAACAUAACAAGCUUUUGCUCAUGAAAAUCUUUUAUAUUGAAGAUAUUUCUUUUUGUAAAGUUUGCUUUGACUAUGUGUAAAUGAUCCCAAAUAUGACCUGAGCAAUUUGGGUGGAGGUCGUCUGAUCCUCAUUCAUGACAGCGCCGCUCUAUCUCAUGCUCUUACUGGCAUUAACAACAUCUCAGGGCUUCGCAUUCAUAGCAAUCAUCCUCAACCAUCAUCCUAACCCUUACAACCAUGUGAGUGCUGAUGACCAAUCAGGUCGCAGUGUGUUGUUCGAGGCUUAACAGAUAAUACAUCUUCAGAAAAAAACACCUAAUUUCACACAUAGUGUAAAACAUCCUAGCACAUGACGUCCAAAAUAAAGAAGAUAACUCUGGUCAGACCCUACUGUACGUGUCCACACAGACCCUCUAUUCGAUCUGUUUUAAGUAUAAUAAAUACAUCUGAAGGAGCGGGGAAUGUGUACUAUAUUGUCACCCACUGUCUGAUUUCAACAUAUCUAAAAUACAUGUGCUAUAUAUUGUUAAUCUUGUAAGUAAAAUAGCGUGCCAUGACAUAGUAUAAAGCUAAAGAUAUGUACACGCUUACUUUGUUCAGAGAUAUGUUUGUUUUAUUUAUUUCUGUAUGCCUAUACUGUAGCGUCAACAUGAUUAUGUGAAGAAUCACAGUUCUGUAUAUAUAGUCUCAUCACUAUGCUGUAUUGUCUGUGAACCAUUGUGUUGUAGUAAAACGUUCAAUAAACUUGUAGAAAGGA